GAUCCGACUUCUUUUGGCUGCCGUGAGUUCACUGUAUUGUAAAGGGUACUGUGAAUCGUAUCAGGAGGGGAGGGGGGGCUGAAUUGCCAAAAAUCUCCCCUAUUGGGUGAACAUCCGGAGUCUCGACGGUCAUAAUUUAUCGCACCUUUUUACCUUUUAAGAAAUAGAGUUUUAUUGUUUUUUAUUAAUUUAUUCUAUUUCUCUUAGUUUAUGGUUUACGUUAACACUCCGGGAGGGCAGAAAUGGCGGCCAACAUGUACCGGGUCGGAGAUUAUGUAUUCUUUGAGAACUCCUCCAGUAACCCUUACCUGAUCCGCCGGAUAGAAGAACUCAACAAGACGGCCAGUGGGAACGUGGAGGCCAAGGUAGUUUGUUUCUACAGAAGGAGAGACAUCUCCCACAGCCUCAUCCAGCUUGCAGACAAACAUGCAAAGGAGUUGGAAGAGGAGAAGGAGAACCCGACAGAGACAGAGCUAACAGAAAAACAGAAACACCAGCUUCGCCACAGAGAGCUCUUCCUCUCCCGGCAGUAUGAGAGUCUACCUGCGACACACAUCAGGGGGAAAUGCAGUGUUGCGUUAUUGAAUGAGACUGAAGCUGUUCUUUCAUACCUUGACAAAGAGGAUACCUUCUUCUACUCACUGGUGUACGACCCAACACAGAAGACCCUGCUGGCCGACAAAGGAGAGAUCAGAGUGGGACCUCGCUUUCAGGCAGAUGUACCUGAAAUGCUCCAAGAGGGUGAACCAGAUGACAGGGACCAGUCGAAGCUAGAAGAGAAGCUGUGGGAUCCAGAGUGUCCACUCACCAACAAACAAAUAGACCAAUUCCUAGUGGUGGCACGGGCGGUUGGGACCUUUGCUCGAGCAUUGGAUUGCAGCAGCUCAGUCAGACAGCCAAGCUUACACAUGAGCGCGGCUGCAGCCUCACGAGAUAUCACACUGUUCCAUGCAAUGGAUACACUGCAUCGUCAUAACUACGACCUGUCCAGUGCGCUCAGUGUACUGGUCCCAGCGGGCGGCCCAGUGCUCUGCAGGGAUGAGAUGGAGGAGUGGAGUGCCUCAGAAGCUGCCAUGUUCGAAGAGGCGCUAGAGAAAUACGGAAAAGACUUCAACGACAUCCGACAAGACUUUCUGCCAUGGAAGUCUCUGACCAGUAUCAUAGAGUACUACUACAUGUGGAAGACCACAGACAGAUAUGUGCAACAGAAACGACUGAAGGCAGCAGAGGCAGAGAGCAAACUGAAGCAGGUUUAUAUCCCCACAUAUAAUAAACCAAACCCCAACCAGAUCUCAAUGACCAAUGGCAAGAUGGCAACAGUGAAUGGGGCAGGCCCUGGAGCCUACCACACAGCAGGCGGAGGCAGAGCCUGCGAGAGCUGCUAUACCAUGCAGUCUGCCCAGUGGUACUCAUGGGGGCCUCCGAACAUGCAGUGCCGUCUGUGCGUUUCCUGCUGGAUGUACUGGAAGAAGUACGGCGGCCUGAAGAUGCCAAGCAGAGCAGAGGGCCCAGAGGAGAGGACCUCCCCGAGUCCAGCAAGCAAUGAAUCUCGUUCACGAGGUCACGCCCCUCGCCAGUCCAACCACAUGGUGCCGAUGCGAAACAGCGGCAGCCCCAAGUCCUCCAUGAAGACCAAGCAGGCCUUCCUGCUGCAGGCCACCCGCCUCACCAAGCUGGCCCGGCACAUGUGCCGUGACAUCAUCAGGCUGCGCCGUGCCGCACGCCGGCCCUUUGUCCCCAUUAACUGUGGGGCCAUAAAGGCAGAGUACAUGUUAAGGGUGUCAGAGGGGCAGGGGACUCGCCUACCCAAAACCAGAGCCGCCCAAAGGAGCACUCUGACCAGUGUCCUGCAGUUUCUAGAGUCCCGCCCGGCAGCCCAUGCCCCUCGCUCCCACCGCACCCCGGGCCUGCAGACGCCUCCCCCACGACGCCUCCUCUCCUCCCUCCCACACGGCCCCCACGGCAUGCUGGGAAAACGCAGCUACCACCACCACAGCAGGGCUGAGCCGGACAGGCGCUCAGAAAACCCAGGUACAACAGGUGUACCCCUCCUGCACAACGGACGCAGCAGCAGCAGUGGAAACACCCGAGGCGGAGUGAUGAUCCGCAAGAGACGCCCCAACUGGAUCGAUGCCCCCGACGACAGCUUCUUCCUCGUCACCCGGGAGACCAGGAGGGCCAGGCGGCUGCUGUCCCGCUCCCAGCUGAGGCACGCCUGUCGGCAGCCCUGCGAGCAGAUCACCCUCCGCAGGGUCUCCCAGGGCCCUCCGCAGGGGCUCGUCCUGGCCCCUCCGCACCCUCACCCCAGCCUGAGGAUGAGAGGCCCCAUCGUCAUCCACGACUGACUGGACACAGACGCCACCCCCCACCCCCACCCCCCACCUCUCUUCUUUCCGACCUCCACACCCACACCUGCAUACACACUAACUAAAUUCUCACCCUCCCCAUUCUCUCGUUAAAUCCUCAAACCCUCCUUUUGCUUUUAGUCCUGACAUGAUCUUUAUAAUCCUCAACAACACUUAAACAAGCUGUGUAACUGUUUGGCGACAGGAGGAUGUGAUGAGCCGUGAUGCAAUAGAGACAUACACCUGACCUGACUGCGAGUGCUGCCUGUCCUUAAUGCCCUCGGGAGUAUGUUUGGGUCCAUGUGAGUGUGUGACAGAGAGAGAGAGAGAGUGAGUGAGUGUGUGAGACCAUGCCAACAGCAUGUGAGAGAGUGAGGGUGAUGCUGACGUGUCAUGUUCUUAGAUUUUCUGGAUGGACAUAACGACAGAGCUCUGUGUGACCUUUGUGUCGAUGGUGAAUUGUUGUGAAGUUUUAUCAGUUUGUACAAAGUUAUUUUGGGAGGGUGGGGUGGGGGGUGGGGGCAUGAAUGUUAAGAUGGGAUUGGAUGGGAAGGGAUCAGGUUUUCAUUUGUGUUGUUUGGGGGGUCGGGGGUGGGUGGGGGUUACUUUAACAAUGGAGGCAAAUGUCCAAGGCUGACAUUAAAAAAAAUGAAAAUGCACUAUAACUGUGACUGAACCAGCAGCCUUUUAAAUAACGGCUGCUUUAAAUUGCGUUGUCCCUGCGGUUUUUCACACUCAUCUUGAAGUGUAAAUCCAAAAUAAAUAAAAAAAAAUGGUGGAGCUGGUGUUGAAGAAUGAUGACCUGCAGACAUUAUUUAACAAACCUUUCUGUAACUCUACCCAACAGGCUGUCAGUUAUUCACUGACUGAUCUGCAGGUUUGGAAAUAUAACAAGGCAAAUGAAAUAGGGCAUAGAGCUAAGCCUCCCUCAUGAACCAGUGUAUAAUAUAUUGUAUAUCUUCAUUACAGCACUGUAAAUCUACUCAUCCUAUUUCUAUGGGCGACUGUACCUACCUAGCCCUAACUUGGGUACUAAAGCACUUCCUUUGCAGCAGAAAAAGGGCAUGGAUCUGUCAUAUUUUACACAAGGCUGCGAUCCCCGGCAACAUUUUGAGGCAAAAAUAAGGAGCAACUUUGCCAGCAGCUGUUUGCCAUUUGCUAACAACAUCUAUUUUCUCCAUUGCAUUGCAUUUCUUUUAAGCUACCAGUCAAGUUUUUCUUGAUCUCAGACCUCUCUCUCUCCUUCACUCUCCCUCUCUCUCCCUCUCUUUCCUUCUUUACUACAUGACAGUUUUGCCAGAGGGCCUCAAAAAGUUGCCGUUUAACCCAUCCAGCCUUCAGGUGUGUUUAGUUAUGAGUUUUAAAACUGGCAUCGCCGCCGCAUGUCUUUUGAGGUGAGAGCCUCCCGCUGACCGACGGGUCACGUGAUUUCUUCUCUUUCAUUCAGAAUGUUUAUGUUAGUGUUUCCUGUAUGUCUUGUGUUGAAUUAUGAAUAUGCUGAGAAUAAUGAUGAUAAUAAAAACAACAACAACAACAACAACA